AUGAGUGCGAAGAUGCGUUUCUCGAUGGAAUCAAUAUUAUGCGGUCAAAUCGACAACAAUGGUGCUACAGGGCGCAAACGUCCACAUGAAAAUUGCAACAAAGAUGCAUGUGUUAGUAGCACAAAUAAAUGCAAAGAAUUAAACAGUGAAAUUUUGAGAGCAAGUGAAAGUCCCGAUCGACCGGAAAGUUCUUCAUUAAACAACUCUAACAAUAAUGUAACAACGCCUGUUCAAGGUUCAAGUUCACGAUCAUCAUCGCAUUUAAUCGACAGCAGCUUUUUUCCGGAAGAGCAUAUGAGCAAUAAAAUCGAUAUUCAUCAGGCUAGUUGUAGUACAAAAUAUACGAGAUAUUCUAAAUCAGCAAAUCAAGAAGGAAUUACCAGUAGCAGAAAUGCUAAUAAUGAUGAGAAAAUUGGUAUCAUCAGACCUUCUAAAUCGGAAGGUUCAGUUUCACCAAAAUGGUCAACUAAUUUUGUUAAAGAUAUUAACCGACCUGGUUCAAGUUUGGAAAUGUAUCAUGAACCGUAUAGUUUUAGUUCAGAUGAUGAGGGUCAGUGCGAUGAUAAUUCGAGGCAGACCAGCAAGCACAGCAGUAAUCGAAGCAAAUCUAACGCAACUAAACCAGCUUACUCAUACAUUGCCUUGAUCGCAAUGGCUAUUCUGAAUAGCCCGAAUAAAAAAUUAACUUUGUCGCAAAUAUGCGACUUCAUUAUUAACCGAUUUCAGUAUUAUCGGGAAAAAUUUCCGGCAUGGCAGAAUUCAAUCAGGCAUAAUCUGAGUCUAAAUGAUUGUUUCAUCAAGAUCCCACGAGAACCAGGAAAUCCCGGGAAAGGAAAUUACUGGGCAUUAGAUCCGAAAGCUGAGGAUAUGUUCGAUAAUGGAUCAUUCCUGAGGCGUCGCAAAAGAUUCAAGCGCCAACAACCAGAGCCGGAUUAUCAAUCAGUUACUUAUCCGGGAACACCGUUUUUACCACCAGGACCACCUUUUCUACCUCCUACAUUCCUUGGAACUCCUGGUGUCUCACCACUUCAUCGAUUAACACCUAUUAGGCCGGCUCCGUCGUUACCAUUUCCAUCACUUGUGCCUCGUUUAUCUGAAGGUUUUCCACCUCGAAUUUCUGUCGCUAAUCCACGAACACCAUCAGCUACGCAUACACCCUCACCUUUUCCAUGCAUUCCCACGGGUAUUUCACCAACUGCCGAUCAUCAAAAAUUACUUGCCACAAUAGCUGCAAAAGUUAUCGAAUCAUCACAAAGCGAUAAUAACGCUACAACUUAUAAGUAA